GUUUUAUUACCUUUUUAUCCCAAAUCAGAUAAUACAACAUUCUUUUCCCCUGGAUGAUUGAUCUCUGUUUUAAGCUGAUACAGAUUGAAUUCGCAUUCCAAUACUGGAAAAGGUGAGUUCUUGACUAAUGUGAUUACCGGUUUUGAUUCUUUUGUGUGUGUUAAUGGUGAUUUACCUUGAUCUAAUCAUGCACAUCAUCGGAAUGUUCCUGAAUUCAUGGAUAAGGCAGAUUCGAAAGGAAAUGGGCAUUGGAUGUUUGGAGAUAGGAAUUAAAAUUGGGAAAGGUGUGAUCUUUACAAUCAUGGGGUGUUUUAGAUCAGUUUGCCAUCAUCCAUUCCUUGUGGGCACGCUGUGUUUGUUGAUAUUUGUGAGCAAAUCAUCUCCUUUUGUUUUCUCAUUGUUGGUGUCUGCCUCCCCUGUCCUUGUGUGCACUGCUGUUUUGCUCGGCACCUUUUUAAGUUUCGGGCAGCCAAACACACCUCAAAUUGAUACAGAAGAGAGAGAGAUCCAAGAAUCUGUAUCAAUAAAGACUAGAGUGCCAAGAAAUGCUACUGUUGGUGAGCAAAAUGAGAGCUAUUCUGUUGAGAGAGAUAGAGAGAAGAGAAGGGAUGAGAUGGAGCAGCCGAGUUUGUCAGCACGUAUGAUUGGUGAGGAAAGAUCAGCGGAAACUAAACUGGGAAAUGCUGAAAAUAUAGAAUCAUAUGAGGGGAAAUCAGAAGCAGAUUCUUUUGAUUCUGAGAUGGUGCACGUGGAUUUUCUUGAUACGCCUCCUCAUUCGCAAGAUGAGGACGAAGACGAAGACGAAGAUGGAGAUGAAGAUAACGACGAAGAUGAAGAUGAUGCUUUAGAUUCUGGUUCUGAUGAGCCCGACAUAGUGCUGCUGUUUGACGAGGUUCAUCCGCUUUUGGAAGACGAGGUGCCAAAUGAUGUUCAAGUUUCCCGUGAUGUCUCUGAUGAGGACUCCGACAAGUCUCUAGAAUACGUGUCCAGUAGUCAUGGAUCGCUUGAUGAAACUGAAAAUCAUGAAGCCUUAAAAAAAACAGUAGUUGUAAACCAUGACAUUGAUGACGAUGAAGACGAAGGAGGAGACAAGGACGAAGAGGCAAAGAAUGCCUUUACUUGGACCGAACAGGACCAAAAGAAUCUCAUGGAUUUGGGAAGUUCUGAAAUUGAAAGGAACCGACGGUUGGAGAAUGUGAUUCUGAGGAGGAGAGCAAGGAAACAUAUGAGUAUGAUAUCAGAAAUGAACUUGAUAGACUUGGAAACUUCUGAUCCUCCAAUCCAUGUUGCUCCCAUUUCCACCACAAGAACAAAUCCAUUUCUUGUUCCUCAUGAUUCUUAUGGUAUUCCAGGACUGCCUCCUGUUCCGGGCUCGGCUCCUUCUAUCUUAUUACAGAGAAGACUAGGGAUGAAUUCAGAGCCAAACUUAUGACACAGCAAUGGAGACAACCACUCUUUAGUUUUUGCACCCAACAAGCAAGAUGCCUACAUUCUUGAUUUCAAAUUGGUGUUAUAUAUUGCAUUCCGCUCAUAUAUACACACCACAUGUACUUGUAUACAAGGAAGUAUUUUACACACAGUACGCGUAUAAGGGAAGUGAACUAGUUGGUUUGAACUUCAAAAUUAGGUCCUACCGUUCGAGAAGGAGGCUUCAAGGUCAGGUUGAUCACCGUUUUCAGAGACGAUUAUAGUGAACUGAACAACUCCAAUGUAAGAACUUCUGUUCAUGAAAUAGAACAGAAGCUUGUAAAAGAUGAUGGUCCUCAAAAAACUCAGGUUUCAAUCUUGGGGGAGAAGGAAUUGUUUAGUUCAAUGACCUUAAAUUUCACUACGGGAUGUUGAAAGGUCACUAUGAAGAAAAAAUUGCAACACAACACUUAAACGUGACAAUGUAUUUCAACUUUGAAUAGCUUAGUGUUUAAAGAAUA